CCAGGUUCAGCUCUACUGCCUACAGAGCAAGAAUUUAGGAUCCGCUCUGGGAGAGGCAUGGCUGUUGUGGAUGCUCCCCUAUCCGUGGACGUCUGUGUCUUCUCCUGUCUCUGAAGUGCUUAGGCCAUGCAUUCAGAGGGCUCUCCACUGCGGUUUGAAUCCACGGGCUAUUGAUCACCCUGCCCGUGCUGAAGGCAUUAAACUGCAAAUUGAAGGUGAAGGUGUUGAGUCUCAAUCCAUUAAAAACAAAAACUUCCAGAAGGUGCUUGACCAAAAAGGAACCCCCAAGCGACUGCAGGCAGAACCUGAGACAGCUAAGUCAGCCACGGUGAAGCUGUCAAAACCAGUGGCUCUGUGGACGCAGCAGGAUGUCUGCAAGUGGCUGAAGAAACACUGUCCGAAUCAGUAUCAGAUCCACAGCGAGGCAUUCAAACAGCACGACAUAACUGGGCGAGCCUUGCUGAGACUCACUGACAAAAAGCUUGAGCGAAUGGGGAUUGCUCAGGAAAACCUGCGGCAGCACAUCUUGCAACAGGUGCUCCAGCUGAAGGUGCGAGAAGAAGUCAGAAACCUACAGUUACUUACGCAAGGUACCCUGCUGCGCUCUUCCUCACUCGAGGGUUCUCCGUAAACAUGGUGAGCCUUCCAAGCUGCUGUCCUGCCAGUUGGUAUAUACACGACCUGCUCCUCGCAGAAAGACUAACUCAUGGCCCUGCCAGAAGAUACCCUUGGAGCCUUGACAGAUUAACCAGAUUAACUGAAGAAAAAAAAGAAAACACCCCUUCCAUCAAGAUUGAGAUCUUAGUUUGGUGUGGAUUUUAUAAUGAGGUGCAUAAUAUGCAGUGCCAAGUCGUUGCAAGCGGUCAUUGGCAGACCAUUAGCUGGAAAAUUGCUUCCAGUUCUCAUCACUGUGCAUAACUCCAGUGCCCUUUGGGGAGCUGGCUGUGCCCUUCACUAGAAGUCCCGUUUUAGCAUGGCAACUACUGGAUUCUUUUAUUAUGUGUGCAGAUGGCAUGAUGUGUUAGAAAAAAAAAAUUACAACAGUUCUGCAAUCCCGGUGGAAGUGUUUACCAUGUUAUGCCCUGGUAGGAAUGUCAACGUGUCUCAAUUAUGUUAGUUAUGACACCUAAAGGUAUUCUGUCCAAUUCUUAAGCACUUUAUAGGAGAACAUGACACUGAAACGAAUCAGCACGUUCAGUACCUGUGAGAAAACAAGUGUUUUCUUUUUUCUUUAUAAAUCUUGUCCUAUUUCUGGCUCAGACUGUCCAAGACAAACUUCACUCCUAACAUAUCCCCAGUCGUAUAUGGUAGAUUGGUGUAAAUAUGGCCACAAUACUGUUAGACUUAACAUCUUGACACACCACCGAACAACUGGAUUUUAAAGGGAGAUAGAAGCGGGCUGACUGUAAUACCUUAGCUCCUAGUUCCUUGCACCUAGGCACAACUUAACACUUGCACAUACAACCACUCGAGCACAGGAGGCUUCUUGGCCAAAGUGCAUACCCUCUCAGUCUAUGUAAGAGUUCUUUCAAAGAAAAACAAAAAAGGGAAAUGGCCUUCUUUUAAUCAAAGACCAUGGGGGGUUGAUGUUAAGGGCAGCAGAAUGCAGUUCUCUGGUGUGGUCUGACUUUAAAAUUUUGGAAGACUUUCUAGGUCAAGUUCAAAGCACAGCUCUCUGGAGAGAAGAACACAGCAAGUACCUCCUGCGUGCCUAGAGAAGGAAAACGGUCCGAUCCCACACGAGGUUCCUUCCUCAGUAGAGGCCCUACUAGUCCCUGUUAAUCCUCUCUGGGAUUAUAGCCACAACUCAAUUUUUUUUUACUAUGUCUUACAACAAAGCACAGUUCUGGGGAAAAGGUCAAUCCAGUUAUUGUUUAUCUUUAAGCAUUAGAAAAAUGUCCAUAUUGACUGACUCUACAUAAAUGUUUUAGCAUUUUUUUUCCUAAGAAUAUAAAUUUGGCUGAAUCAAAAUCUCAGCAAAGUAUGUUCUGCAUGCCCUUGGUCUCAGCCUGGGACUGCCAGGCAUCGAAGACUUUUCUAUAAAUAUGCGUAACACCUCUGGGCCAGUGCCAGCACAUGCAAGCUCUGCAUUUCAGGGGGUCUCCACACACACUCUCCCGCAUCUUGCCUCCCCUGAGGGUCUCAGGAAAUCACAGCCCAUUGGAAAAAAAAGGGCUUACACUGAGAUUCGGAAACCUGACAAUGAAGAGGAGAGAGAUCCACACAUGAUUGGGGUGAACCACCCAGCAGGAUGACUCGCCACAAGCCUGUCGGGCUGUUGUGCCAAAGGAGGGGACUUCCAAGCGGGAACUCAGAGGAGUUUCAGAUGCCACUGAGACCUGGCCCUUCAAUAGGUCAGCAGCAGGACCAUCAGGAGCUCAGCAGACCAACCCAGAAUUAGGAGGCCAAACCCUCCUAAUGACAGACUCCACUGCCUGCCGCCUCUGUUCCCAUUCCAACAGCAGGGUUCCCUGCUCUUUUUGUUCCUUCCUUUAUUCAGCAAGCAUUCGCUGAGCACCUACUAUAUGCCAAACAUUGUGCUGGGGCAGGCAGGCUCUCCCCGCCCUUGUGAAAUCUCUUUGCCUCCCAAACCCUCGCCCCACCCCACCUUUUCCAUAAUGAAAGCAGCAUUCAGACAGCAUUCACCCCCUGCCAGAGUCACCUGGGAAAAUACACAGGUGACCCUGAAAAAAGAAAAGGUCAGAGGAGGAAGAGGUGGUCCUGGACAGCACCCGGCCACAUGUUUGUGUCCUUCAUGCACAGGCAACCCUCCCAGGGCCCAGAUAGCUGGUUAAGAGCUUCCCAAAGCAGCUUUCAGUUGCUUUCCUUGAUGUCUACCUUGGUCACCUAUAUUCCCAUUCUUUGUAGAGACACAACUGUUCAUCAUGAUGCUGGAUUCUCUGAAACUCCAAUUCAACAGCUAGCGCUGGAGACACAGAACUGGGCCUGAUGCAUCAAAAGAACUACUGCCAAGUGCUGAGAUAGCGUAGCUGGGAACUAAUUGGUUUAGCUGGUGACAUUCCGAGACCACUGCUAACACCUGUGGAAAGUUGGAUGUGCUUGAGGGUGCAGAUGUUCAUUAAUCGAUGGUGGUUCAUCCUUACUUCGGCUUUUGCAAAAUGUGUUCUGAACGAUUGAAUAAGUUGAAUUUCCUAGUUUAUUUUUGAGUCAAAAGAGUGCUGGAAAAUUAUGAAAAGGUGGCGGGUAAAGAUGGAGAUGGGAAAGAGGAAAAAGAUGACAAUGAAAGAGCCCAGUUGAAGAUGGCUUCUCUAAAAAUGCCUUAACUCUUGGCAAGUACCCCACAUUUGCAAACGAACUACUACUGUUCACCAAACGGUCCACCUCAGUUUGAAAUCAUUUUGGAGGAUAGUUUUGAAAACAUGGUAGCAUAAAAUCUGAGCAGUCGCAAGCUAAACCAGCAAAAGGGAGCAACGAUGCUAUUUGUGGGCUUGGGAUUCUUUGUCAUGUGUCGAUCCACAGUUACCUAUGGUGACUUUCUGAUGGACUGAACCUUCUUCCCAAGGUGUAUGUGGGCAAUCUGACCUCCCAGAAGUUCUGAAAUGGCUGAGGUGAGUUUUGUUUAGUAGGAAGCAGGAGACAGAGGCAUGGGAUAAGUAUGUUGACACCUAAGGACUGUAAACUGUUGACGCCUAACUUUUCCUUAAACCUGUGCUACACCUUUCAUUAAAAGACUGACACCCACACUUUACAGGAAAGGCACUCUUAGGAAUGAAUGGAAAUGAAUAUUUAUCAGAUUCCCCACAGUGCCAAGGGAUUCCUUUUUUCCAGGUCCAGAACUGAAUUUAAAUUUGCAGAACAUUGAAGUUCUGCUGGGUUGCAAGCAGAUCACGUCAGUGGUUCACCACAGACCUAGGGGAAUAGAGACCCAUGAGCUUUCCUUAUGGGUAACAAUGCAUCUUCAGGUCCAGGCUCAGGCUCUGUGAGGUGUGUUACCACACGCCUGACUGCUACCUCCAAAUUAUGGGUGAACAGCACACAGGUCCCUCCAGAAUCACUUCUCAGUUGCCCAGACAGAGACUCAUAGCCCUUAGUUCUGAGGGAAUUCUGCCAUUUUGUUAGCAUUGAAGGGUGAAAGGAAUGUCAACCUCACAUGAGAAUAUAAACUCAGGAUAAACACGAAUGGAUUUACCCCCUUGUUCCCUGUAAAUGCUUCCUUUGUCUGCAGAUGGCACCUAAUUGCUUUUGAAUAGGAACACUAAAAGUUUCAUGGAAGAAAAGUUUUCAAGACCGCCUAGCACUUCAGUUUCACAAAAAUCUCUUUCCAGUGCAUUAGCAGCUUCAUUCUUUGUGAUGUUUUUCCCUACAUUCUUUAGGGCAAUUUUGUUACUGACAACUAAUCUUGAGGCUUCCAUAGUCUCUUUUUGAACAUCUAACCUUUGAAAAUGACAUACAUUUCUUUAUGCCUUAAAGGCUGCUUUUAUUCACCUUUCUUACAACCUCCUCCACCCCGCUUUUUGGCUUUGUUUUGUGAUUUUUUAAAAUCUUUUCUUCUCACAUAGUUCUGAGGGUAGAUUUCGAGUAUUCUAUAAAGAACUCAAACAGAAAACAUAGUUUUUGCCUUCCCCCCCACCCCCAAUACUGACUAGUAAUUCCUUCUUAAGCUUGUGGCCAAACACCAGUGGUCUAUGGAAUCUCAUCUCCAGGGGCUGGCCGGUCAGCACUACUAAUCAAAACAAGGCCCGUGGGAUCAUGAAGGAGGACAAACCAGAACCUGCAUCUGCUCAGCACGCAGCCAGGGGAACUCUGUUUCAAAAACAAGCACUGUCCCUCUGUCUCCUUAGAUCUGCAUCCAAUCCUGUAGCCAGAAAACUAGAGUUCCGCUUGUAUCAAUGUGCGCAAUCUCUGGCACCAGGGCACAACUUCAAGGUCAAAGAGGGCCGCGUUUCCAUGAUUUCGCUCUGGUGACUUGCUCUCAUGGGGAGACAGGGAGCAUUCUUUCGAAAGCUAACAGAAGUUUAAGAAAAAGCUGGCCAAGUGCGCAAGGAGGUUCUGCCACAAAAGAUACCUCCCUGUGGAUUCUCAUUUGGGAAGGUGACUGGAGGGAUGGCCUCAGUACUGCUUUUCAUGACCAAGAUAAUGCAGGGAAAAUUCUGGGCUGGGGGCAAGCACUGUGAGAUCUAACAUUUCUAGGCUGAAACUCACCUAUGACAAAUAUAAAGGGGACAUGCCAUGGAGUAUGGAUCCGUCCUAGACCUCCUGCCCAACAGCACAGAGACGGAGAAAUGACUCGCUUUGUAAAUCUGGAGUUUCGUUAGCCACGUAGGGCUCCAUUAGACCUUGAAGAGCUCCCAGCAUUCUUACUUCCGAGCCUCCUUCCCCGAAUCACAUCAAGCACCAGAAGGCACCAGCAACAUACAGCCAAUAAUAAAAUUUCAAAGUAACCACAUGACUUGCACUGAAUUGCAGUUGACUGGUUGACAUACUAUUAAGUGUUGUAGAUACUGGGACAUUAUUUCUGAUUACACAACAUCCUUUUCAUAUUUGGAGUUAACGGUUUGAGGGUUUCAGUUGUUUAAUUGCUUGUUUUGUCGUCGCUGCGUUCCAAACCUCAAACAUUUACAGAAGCCUUAGAAAGGCUCUCUAACCCAGGCCUUCUUGCCUGAAGUGCAGAGUGAUAGGAACAUCUCUACUGUUUCUACGAGAAUGACAAAGAAGUGAUUAAAUUAAUCCAAAGUUGGAGGUUUAUGCCUAAAACAUUUAACACAGUGAAGUUCUGCUUGUUGCCUUCUGCAUUGUUUAUAGCCUUUUAAAUUUCAAUCGUUUGGAUCAAAGGAAAAAAAACAGGCAGCUUUGCUGUGGCUUUGCCACGUUAGAGCACACACAGCAGCCCAGCGGGGAGCUCUGGGCUGGGUUGCUGUUGGAGAGCACACAGGUCUGUUUUGUGUCCUGUGUUUAAUUACCACCACCGCCACCCCCCAAAUUCUAUUAAAAUGUAUUCCAAUGCUUUACUCUUUAAAAUAGUGUAAAAUGAGAGAUUCCUAUUGGAUCAUUCUUUCUUUCUGGGUAGGGGAACUGAUUUUGGGAUAUAACCUUGAGGAAGAAAUUGCCUGCUAUUAAAUGCCUCGAGGGUCUGGUGGUUGCUCCCUUCCCGUUGUACAAACUGAUGGCGACCUUCUUCCGUCUGCCAAUAGGGGAGACUGGCCUCCCUCAAAAAUAGCACAAAUACCACAAAGACACCUGUCGAAGCUCUAAGCAGACUCUCUAUUCAAGCAUCAUUCCAAAAACACGAUUUGGAUUGAGUGCCAUCGUGGUCCCUGAUCAUCUGAUCUCUAAAUCAGUUCUAAUUCUUUAUAUAAAUUUCCAUUAUUUUUUUAAACCAUAAUCAACUGCCUUUGUGUUUGCAUUGGGAGCUGCAGGCUCACUCUGUGGCUGCUUUUGUCAGUUCCCAUACCGAGUCCCCACACAACGCGUUCAAGAGAAGACCAAGAGUAUGUUCCCCCCAUACCAGCUGCAAAGGUUUCGAGGUACAUAAUCAGGUUCGCGUCAAAAAGCCCCCUGUUUAUAUAUGAAAACUUAGAGAAUAGAGAGGUGGUUAUUCAUGUUUGAACACUGGCACCUUUGUGGUUUUUCAUUGUAAUUCACCUCCCACCACCAAUCACCAGAAGGAGAAGCUAUACCCACUUCAGGGAGUGUUGGCCCACAGGGGUUGGUUGGGAUUCCCCCCAUUUAACCGCCUCCUUAGGCAAUUUGAAGUCUCUCUGGGCCUCUGAAUGCUCUCUCAGGCACUGCCUGUCCCCCACCAAUAGAAAAAGGCUUUCCUGACAAGGCUGAAUUUGAGGAGGCCAUGGCUGAGCCGGUGCGAGGAGCUCUCAUUGUGGAGAGCCGAAUAACACCAUGCUCUCGACUUCGUCCUGCCCGACUGGGUCAUGGGUUGGCCCAGAAGCAACCUGUCUGCUGAAAGCCAAGCCAGCACACAUGGUUUGAGAUUAAUUCCACCAGCACUCUUACGCCACUAAAUCAUACUCUGGUGGCCCCAGUUAAUCCGACCAGUUAAUACCAUCAGGCACUAAGUGAAAGAGCUGCACACAAAAUUUUAGAUAAGAUCAAUGUCAUUACAAGAUUACAUAUUAGCAGUCAAAAGUACCCAAGGAAAAAAAAAACUAUUGAUCUCUUGUGGUUUAUAUACUUGACUUAUUCUCGGGACUUUGUGGACGCGGGCACUGCUCUGAUAAAGGGGGAGAAUACUUGAAUCCAAUAGAAAUCGCCCACCUCUCCGGACCUGCGCUCUCUGGUUGGGACGCCGGCUGCCCCGCCUUGGCAGACAGGGCUGUUUGGAGGCUAAAAUGAGCGAAGGGGGCAAGCUGCCCUGUACUGCCGCCAUCCCUACAACUCUCACGGUGACUGGGCUACGGGCUUGAGUCAAUGAGCCUAUUCCCUUACUUUCCGCUUGCCCUCAUAGCUAUUAUUACUGAGGCUCCAUUUGGGGAAAAAAUAGAAGAAAGAAUGAUAAUAAAGUCGCAAUCAUCAUUUUGCCCACACAUGCUUCUUCCAAUACUGGGGGGCUAGGCUGCAGAGCCCGCAGCCAAGGCACUCAUCUGUCUCCGCAUCUUCACCUCCCCGAGGGUCAGAGCCCUGCGGCUUGGCCGAGGGAGAGAGCCUCACGCUUGGCUUCGAGCCGGCGAAGAUCUCCGGUCACGGGGUUGGAGAAGACCAGCCCAAGUGUGAAGCCGACAAAUCCAGGGUCACAGGAGGCAGAAAGCUAUAUCAAACUCCCUGAAGAGCUAUAUAGCGUGUUAAUAUUUGUUCUAGGAAAGAAAAAAGAAACAUCACACGAUAUGAAAUGAAUGUAAGACCAGUGCUCUCCACAGUGUAUGGGGGGGUCGGGGGAAUCUAAUUUAAAAAAACACAAAAAACUGGUUCACUUUUUUACCAAUACUAACAAACAUGGCUAUAAAAACACAUUUCAUAGCACAAAAGCCUGUGUAGAUGUUAGACAUUUUUCUAGCUUUCUUGAGUGAGUAGUUAUACCAGCAAUCUGCAUUCUCUUAGAAUCUCCUCAAAGUGGUUAAUUAAAUAAGUGUUUUCUUUAUUCAUUGCCCACAACUGUGGUUUUUUCCUCUAUGCACCCUGGAAUAACUCCCAAGGCUGGACUUAGGAGGACAGAAACAAGCGACAUGGUGAAGUAAGAGUGCCUUUUCUGUUGGAUGUUCAUUUUAGUUCCCUGGAUUUCCAGGGCCUACAGUGUUUAGAAAUUUUUUCUCUAAACAUAAGAAUUAUUGUGCACCACAAUUUUGAACCACCGAUUUCCAUAUCUUCAGCAGCUAUCAACUUGCCAAUUCCCUUUGGGUCUCCUUUAUAUUUUCUUACAAUGUUUUCUCCUGUUUUCGUUUGUCCUCAGAAAGAAUUGGGGGACAUGAUUCUUUUUAAAUUAAUAGAAAUGAAACUGUACAUAUUUUUGCCCCCUUGUAUCUGUGAGCAUGAUCCCUAUCCAGACUGAAAAUCUGCUUUCAUUUUGUACAUUUGACUAUUUUGUAUUCUGCAUUACUUGAUUCCUUAUGUGCAUGGCAAUGUAUUAAAA